GUAGAUAGAGGCGGCAGCAUGCCGAGCGCAGUCGUCGCACAAUGCAACAUAGAAACUUACCCGAGCAGUGGAAGUAGACUUCUUCACCUUCAUGCCAACACAGGGUUGACUGCACGAGCGACACAAGGAGCCAAAGUCCAAGAGUACAGUGGUCAAACAUCAGCAGCGGCUCUGGUGAUCCGCUCUGCUCAGCACCUUCAGUAAGGAGAUUUGUCACACGCAACCUGAAGAGAUGAGCAGCACCAAAAAGAUGGAGGACGAGGCGGUGCUGGACCGGGGGGCGUCCUUACUAAAGCACAUGUGUGACGAGGAGGAGGUAGAAGGCCACCACACCGUUUACAUCGGCGUGCAUGUGCCCAAGAGCUAUCGGCGUCGGAGGCGUCACCGUCGGAGAACCGGCCACAAGGACAGAAAGGAGAAGUUGACAGAGAACACCUCUGACAAGUCGGACACGGAAAACAACGAUGAGGCCAGCAACAGCAUCCUCAAACCUCUCAUCUCACCAGCAGCCGAGAGGAUCCGCUUCAUGCUUGGGGAGGAAGAUGAUGGCCCAGCACCCCCACAACUCUUCACUGAGUUGGAUGAGCUCCUGUCAGUGGAUGGACAGGAGAUGGAGUGGAAAGAAACAGCCAGAUGGAUCAAGUUUGAGGAGAAAGUGGAGAAAGGAGGUGAACGCUGGAGUAAACCCCAUGUGGCCACACUGUCCUUACACAGCCUUUUUGAACUGCGCACGUGCAUAGAGAAAGGCACCAUCAUGCUGGACAUGGAGGCGUCCACUCUGCCUCAGGUUGUCGAGCUGAUCACUGACAACCAGAUUGAGAUCGGCCAGCUGAAACCAGAGCUGAAGGACAAAGUAAUGUACACGUUGCUACGGAAACACCGUCAUCAGACCAAGAAGUCAAACCUACGCUCUCUGGCUGACAUUGGAAAGACAGUCUCCAGUGCAAGUAGGCUGUUUACCAACCAGGAAAACGAUAGUCCCACCACAACUCACAAGAACCUGACCUCCAGCAGCCUGAACGACAUUUCUGACAAACCAGAAAAAGAACAGCUGCGGAACAAGUUUAUGAAGAAGUUGCCAAGAGACGCGGAGGCCUCCAAUGUGCUGGUGGGGGAAGUGGACUUCUUAGACUCGCCGUUUGUGGCGUUUGUUCGUUUGCAGCAAGCUGUGAUGCUGGGAGCCUUAACAGAGGUUCCUGUUCCUACAAGAUUUUUAUUCAUCUUGCUUGGACCCAAAGGCAAAGCGAAGUCGUACCAUGAGAUCGGCAGAGCCAUCGCGACGCUGAUGUCAGACGAGGUCUUUCAUGACAUUGCGUAUAAAGCCAAGGACAGACAAGACCUGCUGGCCGGUAUCGACGAGUUCCUGGAUGAAGUGAUCGUGCUUCCUCCUGGAGAAUGGGACCCGGCCAUCAGGAUAGAGCCUCCAAAAUCACUCCCCUCCUCUGACAAAAGGAAAAACAUGUAUGCAGGAGGAGACUCUCAGAUGAACGGAGACAUGCCUCAUGACGGAGGGCAUGGAGGAGGAGGAGGAGGAGGAGGAGGACACGCUGUAGGGGACGAGCUUAAGAAGACCGGAAGGUUCUGUGGGGGUCUAUUACUUGACAUAAAAAGAAAAGCGCCUUUCUUUGUCAGUGACUUCACCGACGCGUUUCACAUUCAGGCCUUGUCAGCCAUCUUGUUUAUUUACUUGGGAACUGUGACAAAUGCCAUCACCUUUGGAGGUCUGCUGGGAGAUGCAACAGAAAACAUGCAGGGUGUGCUGGAGAGUUUUCUGGGAACGGCAGUUGCAGGUGGGGUUUUUUGUCUGCUGGCCGGCCAGCCUCUCACUAUCCUCAGCAGCACUGGUCCUGUUCUGGUGUUUGAACGGCUGCUCUUUAAUUUUAGCAGAGAAAACAACUUUGACUACUUGGAGUUCCGGCUGUGGAUCGGUCUGUGGUCGGCGUUCUUAUGCCUAGUGCUUGUGGCCACUGAUGCCAGCUUCCUGGUUCAGUAUUUCACACGGUUCACUGAGGAGGGCUUCUCCUGCCUCAUCAGCUUCAUCUUCAUUUAUGAUGCCUUCAAGAAGAUGCUCAAACUAGCUCACCAUUAUCCUAUUAACUCCGAAUUUACGAUGGAGUAUGUCACACAGUACGACUGCCUAUGUAUGGCCCCCACUGUCCUCGAGAAUAGUUCAACAAUCAUUGGCGAUCCUUUGGAAGGUACUUCAGUCUGGUACUGGAACAACACUGAUCUUCCAAUGAACGCUACGUGGUCGUCCCUCACAAAGACGGAUUGCUUGAAGUACAAAGGGGAGCUGGUGGGCAUCUGUGACUUUGUCCCGGACAUCACCCUCAUGUCCUUCAUCUUGUUCUUUGGCACUUACACCUGCUCCAUGUGUCUGAAGAAGUUCAAGAGCAGCCCGUUCUUCCCCACCACUGUCAGGAAACUCAUCAGUGACUUUGCCAUCAUUCUGGCCAUCCUCAUCUUCUGUGGAGUUGAUAUUCUUGUAGGAGUAGAUACUCCAAAACUCAUUGUGCCAACUGAAUUCAAGCCAACAAGUCCUCACAGGGGCUGGUUUGUGCCCCCUUUCGGCGGAAACCCCUGGUGGGUGUACAUUGCCUCUGCGCUUCCUGCCCUGCUGGUCACCAUCCUGGUUUUCAUGGACCAACAGAUUACUGCUGUGAUCGUCAACAGGAAGGAGCACAAGCUGAAGAAAGGGGCAGGUUACCACUUGGAUCUGUUCUGGGUGGCAGUCCUGCUGGUGGUUUGCUCCUUCUUGGGUCUGCCGUGGUACGUGGCUGCCACAGUUAUCUCAAUCGCUCACAUCGACAGUCUGAAGAUGGAAACUGAAACCUCGGCUCCGGGAGAACAGCCCAAGUUCCUGGGUGUGAGGGAACAGAGGCUUACUGGUGUGGUUGUGUUCAUCCUGACAGGACUAUCUGUGUUUAUGUCUCCAAUUUUAAAGUUUAUCCCCAUGCCUGUGCUGUAUGGAGUCUUUCUUUAUAUGGGAGUCGCUUCACUCAAUGGAGUGCAGUUUAUGGAUCGUCUCAAGCUGCUUCUGAUGCCAGCCAAGCAUCAGCCGGACCUGAUUUACCUGCGACACGUCCCCCUCAGGAAGGUCCACCUCUUCACCUUCAUCCAGAUUCUCUGCUUGGCUCUGCUCUGGAUCCUCAAGUCCACUGUGGCUGCUAUUGUAUUCCCCGUCAUGAUCCUGGCUCUAGUAGCUGUCAGGAAAGCGAUGGACUACAUGUUCUCCCAGCAUGACCUCAGCUUCCUGGAUGAUGUCAUCCCAGAAGACAAGAAGAAGAAGGAGGACGAGAAGAAGAAGAAGAAAAAAAGAGGCAGCAUAGACAGCGACGCUGAAGACUCUGACUAUCCUUACAAUGAAAAUGUUCCCAGCAUUAAAAUCCCCAUGGACAUGAUGGAGCAGGAGCCCUUUUUAGGUGAUAAGGCCUCUGACAGAGAGAAGUCCCCUUCAUUCCUUGAACGACACACAUCGUGCUGAGCAGCUGCGCUACUACCAAGCUAACUGCUUGUCCAGCCCUGAGAUGAGUCCGCUGAAGUCUGUGCCUCAGAUUAGAAUAGACAUGGACCCAGACGAUGAUAAUUCAUUCUACUGGAAGAGCCGAGGAUCAGAAACGUCUUUGUAAAGCACCGGACCACAGCUGAGCAGGUGUAUCCCACGGCAACUGCAGGGCCACUCGGAUGUUUUUCCUUUUUUUUUUUUAAAUGUUCUUUUUUAACCCUUCAAUUCAAGUUAAACUGCCUCCCCCGCCCCCCCAUCCUCUAAUAAUUAAACUAUUUCAAAGAUUUCCUUCCUCACAGUCCUCUAUUGUAUUUUUCUCACAGAGUUAACAGUUUUUAACUACACAGUUAAUAUAACUUCUUACUACUCUUCUAUGCAUCUCCUCUCACACUUCACUGAUCUACAGUAAAUGCUGAAGCUCUCUCUGAUCACGCACGGACCCCCCCCCCCCACCCACCCCCAUCCACCCUACUCUUUUUUAUAUCAAUAUAUAUAAAUAUCAUCUAUCGGAAUUUUUAUAUAAAUGGAAUUACUCUUAUAACAUUUUCCUGUAGCAGGAAAAAUAUGUUUUUUAUAGCUCUACCUCUUUGUUUUAGAAUAAAUGCUUAUUAUGAAAAAGGCAACAUGUUAAUUUUUGACGCAGCAUGGGGUUUUCAUAUAUUCUCUGUCGUCUAUAGUAGAGUUGAAAUGAUUCAAGAGAUUCACUCUAUUAUAGCUGUUAAAGGAAGGUGUGCUUAGAUCUUUGAAUAUAAUAACAGUGAAUUAACGAUGCAUAUUUGUGUGUGCAGAAAAAGGUAAAUAUUUUUAUGAUCACUUUUGAUGCAGUUUUGUUCGCUUAAUUUUCUCUUUCUAAUUUUCAGAACUUUUCUUUCAUCUUCUUCAAACUUUUGUUAUUUCUUUAAAUUAAAUCACUUUAUCUUUUUUUUUUUUUUAAGAUUACAUCAUUUGUGUAUGUCCGUAACUUUUUCUUGUGUCUUUCAUGUUGUUUUUUUUGUGGGUAGAAGAAAGUAAAGCAAUACAUAAUCAUCUGAUAUUUUCAGCCAAACUUUAACUCUAGGGAAUGCAUAUCAUAUGUUUGCUUUUUGCUGCACAAACUACUUUACCUAAGUGGCUUAUAAGAGAUCGAUCCAGACUGAAACUCUUAUGGUAACGCUAUAAAAUAAGAAGGGAACCCAACCCCAUGUGAACUCCAGGUUGUCAGACAGUUUCAGUCCACAGCAGGGGGCAUUUCUUCAGUCUCAGCUUCUGAUUCAAUGAUUCUAAAAUAACCUGUUACAAUAGGUUUAAACAGAAAUCUCAGAGGUUUUUUAUUAUGAAACUUACAUGACUUUUUUUAUACUCUGAGUUCUUGGUCACUACUAGCAUUUUUCCUCUCCAUACAGGCUGAAACGCAAGCCUUGUUUUUAGAGCAACGUAACUGGUUAUGGGGGAAAAGUGUGCUAAAAUGCACAGAUGCUAAUACACAUGAUGAUAACAAUUACAGAUUUGCUUUUUACUUCAAGUUUCCCAUUCUGAUACUUAAACCUCUGUUGUUGUAAUGCAGAUAUGAGGGAAACACUGUACUUUUGUCUCCACUUCUUCUUUACACUUUGAAAAUAGAAAAACAGAUGAUAAGAUGCGUGACAAACUUUUUAUCCAGUAGUUAACAAAGUGUCUUAAACUGGCUCCAUGUUGUUGGUUACUAUACAUCAUUAAUGCUAUAGCUAAAUGAUCCAAAAUACUUCAUCCUCCACUUUUCAUUUUCAAUGUGGGUUUUUCAGUGCAUCAUUAUGUUUGUUUCAAGUCUUACUGUCUUGUUAAAUUACACCCUGAAGGUUUUAAAAACAUGAACUUUGUAUUUUUACAUAGUUUAAUGGAUAACAAAAAUCCAACCAGGUUUCAUGAAAGCAUCAACUGAUCACGGGAUUUUUGAACCAGAAAAAUCUGGCCAAAGAACCAGAAAUACUGCUUUUACAAUAACGUCCUGUAUGAAACUCCUCAUGAAGUUAAAGAACAAAAGAAUUAGCAUUCAUAUUCACAAAGUAACAAUAAGUGAUGAACCAUUUUAAAAGGACAUAUAAACUACAUUCAUGUGUAAAACACUUAAAUGUUAAUUGUAAAUGUGGGCCUUGAUUUUAAAGAUAUAGCACACUGAGCUUUAUUGUGGGAAUGAAGUAUAAAAAAAAUUAUGUGUAUUUAUAACCAAAAUCUGUAAAAAUAAGUGAAGCAGCCAGACAACUGGCAUGCAGUAAAAUAAUUAAACAUUUCCAUCUAAUAUACGAUUCAAAUUAAGUAUUUUACUGUUUGGGUGCUACAAGUGUUGAGAAAAUUGAGAAAUAUACUUGUAAAAUAAAUGAAAGGAGGACUUUCAUAUUUGGGAGAUCCUCUUUUCUGGGAAUACUUUCGAUAUCGGAUACUUAUAUGGGCAAUACAUUUUGUGUACCAUCUUUUUCUUUUCCAUCUUUUUCAUUAACUCUCAGUGUACAUGUGACAUGUGAGUGUGUUUCUUUCUAGACUUGUAAAAAUCAGCCUAAAAAUAACAUCCACUGUUGUCUUUAGGACGCAAGGCAAAUGUUGUAAAAAACUCUGUUUAUCAUUCAAAAAGGCCUCUCAGAUGUGACGACUUGACACCUAUUGGCCAGUAUUUCCUACAUAUGAGCCAGAGUUGAUGUUCAUCACUUCAUUUACCCCCCAUUUGAUCUGUAAAGGCACACUGAAGCACUUUCUUGCUUGUUUUUUUGUUUUAGUGUAAAUGUGUCGUCGCAGAUUUCAUUUGAAGCUGGAAUCCUGUCUGUCUUCAUCACCACUAUAGAAAUCAAAUGUUUGAUCAAUGAGCCACCUUCCUCCUCCUCUGAAAAUCAUGUAAAUAAAGGGUAAAGGAACGUCAGCUCAAACCGAAAUGCUCUUUUUGUAUCAUCACGUUCAUUGUGUUAUUGUUUUGUUCAGUUCGUUUCAGAUUAUCAAUGAAAGAACUGAUUUAUACUCCAUAUCAGUCGAAAGCAGAGAGUGGAGAAAAGUGUGACUUAAGGUCCCAGAGAUUUCAUGUGGGAAAUUGUUCAGUUUAAGUUGUGUCACUCUGUAAACGUGAAAAAAAAAAAAAAGAAUCUACAAUAUUAAUGAAAACACUUGUUAAUUUUAGAGAACAGAAUACUGAUUUCAAUAUUAUUUUUCUUUUUGUGACUCUUAGAACAGGUGAAAUGGUUUAUUUUAGAAUUUAUAUUUUUCAAAUGAAAUGUAUAUUGAAAAUAAACACAAUGAUCAAGCAA